AUGGAUAGCAUUGCUGUGUGGAAUGUUAGGGGUUUGAACCAACCCCUGAAACAAAAUGAGGUUCGAAUCCUUAUGUCGGAAAAUAAGUUGGCCGUUUGUGCCAUUCUUGAAUCUCAUGUUGAUAUCAUGAAGCUUGAUAAAGUCUGUAAAGGGGUCUUUAGGAAUUGGAGUUGGACGUCUAAUGGUAGCUUGUGUGAUCGUGGCACUAGAAUAAUUUUGGGUUGGAAUGCGGAUGAUGUUGAUGUCAUGGUUCUGUCUCAAACGGACCAGGUUAUUCAUGUUCAACUACGGUACAAGGUUUGUAUGAAAGUUCUCUUUUGUUCAUUUGUGUAUGCGAAGAAUAAUUAUCAGGAUAGACGAGGGCUUUGGGAUAAUCUGUGCAAGCAUAAGGGCUUAUGUCAUGAUAAGCCAUGGGUAGUCAUGGGAGACUUUAACUCAUCGCUUCAUCACGAAGACUCUAUAUGCGGUUCGUCCACUCAAACUAUUAGUAUGCGAGAGUUCUAUGAUUGUGUUCAGGCUACGGAGUUGGUUGAUAUUAUGGGUCAUGGAUUGCAUUUUACGUGGAACCAGAAGCCUAAGGAAGGAAUUGGGUUGAUGAAAAAGAUUGACCGGGUGAUGGGUAAUAUGAAGUUCCUAGAGACAUGUCCGGAUGCUUUUGCUAUUUAUCAUACUUUCCGUGUUUCGGAUCAUACUCCGUGUAUCCUAAAGAUGGGAAAGUCUACAAAGGCUAAGCCAAAACCUUUUAAAUUUGCAAACUUUAUCACGUCUAAACCAGAAUUCAGGUCCUCGGUUGAGCAGGAAUGGGGAAAACGAUUAGGGGGGUGGCUAUGUAUUCGGUCACUAACAAACUCAAGAAUCUGA